AUGGAUAAGGCAUAUCCUGUGAGUCCACCCAUGGUUGUACGAUCAUUAGAAAAAUAUAGGGAUUUAUUCCGCCCAAAAGAAAAGGGGGAAGAACUUCUUGGUCCUGAAGUACCAUAUCUUAGUGCAAUUGGUGUACUAAUGUAUCUUGCCAAUUGUACAUGUCCUGAUAUUUCAUUUUCUAUUAAUCUUUUGGCAAGACAUAGUUCUACUCCAACUCGAAGACAUUGGACUGAUGCAGGAUAUCGGUCUGAUCCACACAAAGGAAGAUCACAAACAGGUUAUGUAUUCACAUAUGGUGAUACCGCAAUAUCUUGGCGGUCUACAAAGCAGACCCUUGCAACAACUUCUUCGAAUCAUGCUGAAUUAUUGGCACUACAUGAAGCUAGCUGGGAAUGCGUGUGGCUAAGGUCUUUGCUCCAUCAGAUUCGAGAAUCAUGUGGUCUUUUAGUCAAUAAAGGAAGUCCUACUAUUUUAUUUUAG